GUUGUUACUAUUUUACUAUAUUGUUAUUAUAAUUCAAAUGCCAUUGCAAAACUAUUCCGAAGAAAGUAGACAACUCAUCAGUGAUUUUGACGCUCGAAUGAGAGACUUGGUUCAAGAGACAGUUGAAAAGUUAAUGCUGGCAGAAAACAUUUCUAAGGUCGAGGCUGAAGAGGCCAUUGAAUUUAAUCGUGAAGCAACGCAAGUAGUCUUUCGUAAACGUAAAAGCCCUUACAACGCUUUUACAGAAAAGUUGGCAGCAACUAAGAAAAUGGAUACUACUGCAGAUGUUCAAUCCGAAGGUAUACUAAACUCACCGCUUAAUCGCUUUUCAAAAAAAAAUGCGUCUACGCUAAACAAAACAUUGAACCCAGCAGAAAAGGCUGCAUUGGUAACCGAUUAUCAACAUGUUAGUAAGCUUACUUACGAGAAAAAGCGCCAGCAUCAUAUGGAAGCAGUCUCAGAGAUGAAGAAAAUAAUUCACUCCUACAAUGCUCUCUGUGGUUCGGACUUCCUCGUUAUCAGUGUAUUUCUAUUCAACAAAAAAUCUGGUAAUGUUCGUUUGAUUAUGCAUAUGCUAACUGCUGGAGAUACUCAUCCAAGCGCAACAUUUGCUAAAGCAUUUCCGUUCCAGAAGUUCAAGGAUCAAACUGCUGAUCUGAAGAUGUUUGGGUGGCACGAAGAUGUCGCAGUUAGAAGGGCCCAUGAGCAAAUAUCUGGACAAAUGCACCUCGUCCUUGAGGCAAUUAAAGAAAAUACGAUUUCUUUUGCUGUACCAGGUGCAGAAGCAGUUGAUACAACUCCGGCUACGCUGGAAGUUUCUUCGCCUGACCUUGCCCAUUAACAAAGGUAAUUAUAUCCUUUCUUUUUCCUCGUUUAAAUAAAUUUAAAUACAUUUAACACUUGAUUUGUUGGGAUACUUUUUAUUUUGCGUUUUACGUCUUGAAUCCCAUAAAGAAUAAACUGAAAUAAAGAAUAAACUGAAAUAAAGAAUAAACUGAAAUGAAGAAUAAACUGAAAUAAAG